AUCCCGUACCCUAUCAUUCUAUAGUAUGAUACCCCGCUCCAUCACCCCACUCCUUGACCCCCCACCUCUUCCCGUGACUCCUGAUCCCCACAACUCACCUCGUCGAGAGAGGGAAAGCAGGCAUGAGCGAGUCGGUUCCAGAAGUACUCACAAUCGAGGAAAUAUAUCCCCCGGAAUUCGGGGCUGCUCAGAAGCAACGAUGGGAUCACCUGUUGGCAAUGUUUGAGGAGAGGUAUGGAGUUCCGGCGGACUACGUUGCCAGAAGCCCCGGGAGGGUGAACAUUAUCGGAGAGGUGAGGGGCCCUCCUUUUCCCCUUGAAUAUUCAAAACACUGAUAAAACUGCCAAGCACAUCGAUUACAUGCUCUUCCCCGUCCUCCCCAUGGCCGUAAGCUCCGACUUUCUCCUCGCAGUGCGCGUGAUCCCAAACACCGAUACCAUCACGAUCGCCAACCUCUCGGAGAAAUACCCCCAGCGCGAAUUCCAGGUUCCGGCACAGGGCGAGCUAGGGAUUGACGCUACCCAGUUGGAAUGGAGUAACUACUUCAAAUCCGGGCUCCGCGGAGCUCUCGAGCUGCUCCGGGGGAAGGGACGCCCACCGAAAACCGUCGGGAUGGAGGUCCUUGCCGACGGAAGUGUUCCUUCGGGAGCUGGACUCAGUAGCAGUGCUGCUUUUACCUGUGCCAGUGCUCUGGCAUCCCUGGCGGCGAUGGGGGAUGGGACUUUUGAUAAGAAGGAACUCGUUAAUUUAGCGGUAGUGUCGGAGAGAUAUGUUGGGGUCAAUUCCGGGGGGCGAGUGCUCCGCCUGACCCUUCCCUGGAGAUUGGAGAAGGGGCUAACGACCGUUCGGUGGUGGAUAGGAUGGACCAAUCAGCCUCCGUUCUCGGCGUCCAAGGUAGUGCACUAUACAUCUCUUUCCACCCAACCCUCGACGCAACACCUGUAGCAUUCCCGAAGACCACCCCGGAGCUCACCUUCCUCAUUGCCGACACACUCGUCACGGCGGACAAACACGCCACAGGGCAGACAAACUACAACCUCAGAGUAGUAGAGUGCACCCUCGCAGCCCAGAUCCUAGCCAAGAAACUGAACCUAGGCCAGCUCCCGAAAGAUGCCGGGCCCCUGGGUAACUCCUUCAUAGGCCUCAUGGACAAGUAUUUCUUUGGAAAAGACCUACCACUCGACAAGAAGUUGGAGGGGCUCAUAGAAGUCACGAAAAAACACCUAGACAAGGAAGAAGGCUAUACAAGGGAAGAAAUGGCCGAAACUUUGGAUCUAUCAGUAGGAGAAUUAGUCCAACGUUGCAUGGUCAAAUUCCCCAGUAAGCUUCCCCUCCACCUUUUUCUCCCCACAGUUAUCCAACCAACAAGUCUUCUAGUCCUCGCAGACCACUUCCAGCUCCGCUCCCGCGCCCUGCAUGUCCUCCAAGAAGCCUACCGCGUGGUGACCUUCAAAACCCUCCUCGAUUCCUCCACCACCUCCUUGUCGGACCCCACAGAUGCCAAUAUCCCAAUCCAACUCGGCGCCAUAAUGAACGAGUCCCACGAGUCCUGCAAGAACUUGUACAACUGUUCAUGCCCCGAACUCGACACCUUGUGUGAGGUUGCACUCUCAGCAGGCUCGUACGGAUCCCGUCUUACCGGCGCCGGGUGGGGUGGCUGCAGUGUGCACCUUGUCCCGCAGGACAAAGUUCAAGCGGUAAGGGAGGCUUGGAGGAGGGAGUAUUAUGAGAAGAAGUUCCCUGGGAUUGCUAAGGAGAAGGUUGAGAGCGCGAUCGUAGCUAGUAAGCCUGGGUCUGGGGCAGUUUUGUUUAGGGUGGGGAAGUGAGCGAGCGGAACGUUAUCUAUGUAUUGCCCUCCACCCCAUUUCGGGACCGAGGAAUAUUGCUGAGCAGUCCAUGGUUAGCCGUUGGAAUAAUUUAGUAGAAUCAUAUUGAACACCCCUCCCUUCCGGACCACCAAAACACAUUCCCCCCUCAUAAGCACACUCCCUCUACCCUCCCCCACCAACCCUUACUUGACCCAAUAGCCCCUAUCCAACCAUCGGAAGAGAGAUUCUCACAACGAGUGAUACCAUAUGAUCCCACAAAACAGGUGUGAUAACAAAAGGCAACACUCCCCCAACCCACUACCCACCGACAUUGGAGGAGGAACACCACCGCAAGUACAGC